AUGUUUCGCAAUUUUUCCAGCCAACUCGCCGCUGCGGCCGUAGGAAACACCAGCGGAGACAAGAAGACAAUGUCUCCGACCCUCCGAUCCGACAUAUACACAGCCGUUGAUCAGGCUAAUUCGUGGCUAUCUGGUGGGAAAGGAGGAAGCUUACCUGGAGAUGGGGUGUCAUACGGGGCUGUACUAGCUACGAUCCAGAAGCACUUCCCUGACACGAAGAUUGGUAUUGAUUCACUUGGAAACACGGAGAGUGAGGUCGCCAUUGUUGUCGGAGGCGUCACGAACAUGAUUCUCGAGAUGAGCAAAUGGGAAGGAAUGGCAGGAGGAAUGGCGAUGAAGACUUGGGUAGAUGCGCUUGUUGGCGCCUAUACCAGGGUAGACGGAUCGAAGAAGGCCAUGAUCGCUAAGGGGAUCACCAGAGGGAUUAACCAAAACGCAGAUGUAUCGCUCAUGACCAAAGAGUUUACGGCAAAGAUUCAGAUCAUAACCUGCUUGAAAUCUCUCAUUACUAGGGUUUACGGAGUGGGAAGCGAGGAAGCGCGCCGGGCAGAGGCAUCGCUGAGCUCUAAAUUCAUCUAA